AUGACAAACACCCACCUCUCUUGGAGACUGGUGGGCGAGUGCCAAGUUAGAACAUGCUUGACGGCGUCACUGAGCACGUGGGAGGUCAAGAAGGCUGUUGGAAGGAGCCUCUGCCUCAGCCCUCAAUGGAUUGAGAUUUCACAACGAGGCUGCACCGUUGAGGGUAACUGCAAUGAUGGGCAUCGAAGGGACCAAGGAGGAGGCGAUGGAGAGCAGAGGCUCCAUGGGGAGGACGUAGGGAGUGAUGACGUUGUCAUGGUCUCCAUCGUGAUGCCUCGCUUCGCUCGAUUCUGCAACGAGCCAGCAACGCCAAGGGAGCAGAAGCCUCGCGUGACCAACCAGAAAGCUGUGAGGGAGCUUGCAUGGCAACCCGGUCUGCUCUCCCACGAGGAUGGCAGGCUGCAUCCCUCAAACAGACCUCCUUCCUAUCCCAUCUUCGUCACCGGCAUCAGCAAUCUGCCCGGGCGAUUCCUCCGCAUCGACCUGGAGUCGAACUUGCCCACUCUGAGCUGCCUCCGGCAGCGCUUGACAGACGUGACUGGCAUGCUGUACGACAUUGCCUUCGGGGACGAGGAACUGCGAGCCGAGAGUGUCAGCGGCAGAAAAUACCUGCACAUGCUCAAGAUGACUCGAGGGUCAGUCGUACGAGCAAUUGAGCGUAGGAGAGCCGGAGUUCACGGAGAGGAAGGACCUCUGCAGACCAGUCCCACCUCAGUCCUCCCGGACAAACCUGGAACGGAGAACGCCAACAUAAAUGGAAGCGACUCGCUGUCGACAAACUUGAAGCGGAACAGGGUGAUAUCUCAAAGUCUAGGCGAGAAAGAGGGCGAGGGAGAGGAGGAGGACGACGAUUACACGGGAAGACUGCCGGUCAGCUCUGGGCAGGAUCAAGCCGGAAGCGCUGUCUGA